AUAAACAAACAUAAAGUCAAAGGCUGGUUUGUGCCUGAGGCAAAAACGUCCUUUCAAUCUCACGCUGACGGAGCCAACAUGAAGCUUGAGCAAGUUGAGCUCCAGUUCAUUCAACGCAGUGAAUGUUUAGCAUUUUAAUGUGCUUCACUCCAAGAUCUUAGCAGAGCAUUAUGACCUGACCUUGCUAGAGAUAUAUAUCUGGACCUCUGCGGUCACAUCAGCGAUAACCUCCUUUCGUUUCAUUCUGAGCCACUGUCCCAUCAGCCAUGGCGACUGAGUAUAAGCAAUUUGAGCUUUCCUCAACUGGGGACCUGUCAGACCCGAGUCGCGAUGCUCUCUACGCCUAUUCCCUCCCGAAACAAAAGGAAAUCAACGAGGCCCGACCAUGGAAAGGCUCCCCCAAGUACUUCCAGCAUGUCCGAAUCAGCUCCGUCGCACUCCUCAAAAUGGUGACACACGCGCGAUCAGGCGGUAACAUCGAGGUUAUGGGUUUGAUGAUCGGAUACACUUCUGGGAACACCUUCAUCGUGACGGAUGCUUUUCGAUUGCCCGUGGAGGGAACCGAGACGCGAGUCAACGCUGGCGAUGCCGCGAACGAAUACAUGGUCAAUUUCUUAGAAGGAUAUCGAAGUGCGGGGCAAGCUGAGAAUGCCGUGGGGUGGUAUCACUCGCAUCCGGGAUAUGGGUGCUGGCUGAGCGGGAUCGAUGUGGGGACACAGCGACUGUAUCAGUUCAGCGAACCGUGGGUGGCUGUCGUGAUCGAUCCGGAUCGAACCGUGAGCUCGGGAAAGGUCGAUAUUGGGGCGUUUAGGACGUAUCCGGAGGGUCACAAACCCGCCCAGCCGUCCAAAGAGUCGGAGAAGUCGGAUAAGUCGGACGGGUCGACCGCGUCGAACCAUCAAUCCUGGAGCCAAGCCCCGGCCAACGUGCCCAAGGGAAAAGCCGAGGACUUUGGGGCGCAUGCGGAUCAGUACUAUCCCCUCGAGGUCAGCCAUUACAAGAGCAGCCUCGACAGCAAGUUGUUGGCAGGUUUAUGGAACAAGUACUGGGUCGGGACACUGUCAUCCAACCCGCUGCUCACGAAUCGGGAGUACGGCACGAAACAAAUCGAAGACUUGGGAAUCAAGGUCGCCGAUGCCGAGCAGCACGUCUUCAAAACCAGCGGCGCGGGAUUGCAAGCGGCACUACGCGACCCUCCGGAUCUGGACAAGCUCGUCAAAGCCAGCAACAAGAUCGCAGCAGAGGAGAAGGCUGGAUUGACGGCGGAGAAGAUCAAAGAGGAUAUCUUCGGUGUGGAUCACAGGGAACCCUGAAGUCGGUUGGAGCAUGCUGGGCUGCGAAGCAAGUCGACGACAUUGUCGGACGGAUCGAGAGGAAUGCGUGGAUGGACGCGGAACGGAAAACGAGACGCUACGUUCGCAAUGGUCUAAUGCAUAGAUGCAUGUGUAUGAUAGAACAAGCGAACCGUCCUCUCAAGCUUCGCUACAUAUGAUGGUUCGCAAUGAGACAACGAAUGCCACGAUAUACAUCAACCCACCCGUUUCCUUUCGCCAUCGUCAUGGUUUUAGCCUAACUUCGCCUCCGCCAUAUUGUCCAUCUUCAUCUCGCCCUGAAGUAUCUUCCAACCCAGUCGUUGCCACACUUCCGACUCUAACCUCACCAGCGGAGCAUGGCUUUCUUCACCUUCCUG